AUGGCAGACUCCAUACUGGAAAAGUGGGACAAACUCAAACUCACUGAUGCUGAACAAGCGGAGGUGCUGAUCGACCUGUCCGCUGAUGGCAUAGCCUUUAGACGAGGCACUCUUUGCCUGCUAGGGCUUGUUGUGGCAGACAAGGUGGUCAAUAAGGAAGCUUUCAAAGCAACCAUGGUCCAAAUUUGGAAGAUACGAGGUGGAGUUCAGUUUAAAGGAGUGGGCACCAAUCUGUUCCUGAUCGAGUUCCAAAACUCAAGUGACAUAGCUAAGGUUAAGCUAGGAAGACCUUGGCAGUUUGACCGUAAUUUAAUCUGUCUUGAGGACUAUAAUGGCUUGAUUGCACCAGGGGAGAUGGUUUUUGACAAAGAACCGAUGUGGGUGCAGAUGCAUAACAUCCCCUUAGGUGGCAUGACCAGGAGGGUGGGAAGAAACAUUGGAGAGCUAGUAGGCGAAGUGCUGGAAGUGGAUGUUGAUAAAGAAGGAGUUGGCUGGGGACCCUAUUUACGAGUUAACAUUUCUGUUAAUAUUACAAAACCCCUGAUGAGGGGGGUAGUGAGUUCCUUUAAUGGUAACCGAGUAUGGAUCCCUUUUAAGUAUGAAAGGUUGCCCUUCUUCUGUUUUAGCUGUGGUAUCAUCAAGCAUGGAGCAGCAGGGUGCGAGAAGAUGACUCAAAUGAGAUCCAUGCAUGGGAAUGAGGAGUUCCAGUAUGGGGCAUGGCUACGAGCUUCUUAUCAGAAGCAUCCCAACAGGGAUGUGCCGGGUGGACUCGCCGGAGAGGGAGGCAAUCCGGUAAGCAAUGCUGGGCGUAAGGGUGAUGAUGAAGACGUGGCCUAG